AAUGUUAAGAGAGAAUUCUUCCCAAGUGUCCGUAUCCGCGGAUGCAUUUCAAAAAUGAUUUUGUCACCAAAGGACAUUGGAAAUGCUUCAUCCAUAAGCAUUUUUUAAGGCAUUUUUAAGGCAUUCAUUUUCAUUUUUAAAUGAAUAUUUACGUAUGGUUUCCUGGCUAUCUUACUUUUGCGCUAAAAGCAUCAGACCUGGGCUUUGCUCUCACUGUCCUGGAGGCAGUGUGUUCGCACUUUUACUCUGAGUUAAGCAGAAGUGAAGCAGGGAGCAUUUUGCUUUGGGCAGAGCCAUGCGGUGCUCCUAGGGAUGUUGGCUAUAAAUCCAUUCUCCCUAGAGGUUAACAAUCAAAGUUCUCCCCCUCUCUUACUCAGACGAGUGAUAUGAUGAUGAUAAAUUGCUUGGACAUGACUGCCCCAAGCACUAGUGUGAUGAAUUAUGUUGUUGAGGGCAUGACCACAGAUUCUCCAUUGUCAGUAUGCCACAUUGAAUAUUGGCAGUAUUCAUAAAUAGCCUCCUGCCAAUUUUGGUCACCGCUUUGCAUAUUAAAUUUGCUGUUUUCACAGGUCAUGGUUCUUCGUUCUUAAUCAACUCUGUCUUUCCCUGAAUUCACUUAACUAAUCAACCUUUUGUUUUUCUGUUCUCUACUCGCUAAACCGAUGGGGCGUUCUCAGAGUUGUGUUCAGUAAACUUCGAGUCUUUCUUCACAGAAACUGUUAAAAUAGUAAUUAUUAGUCCUUUUCACUAAAUCUAGAGUAAUAACAGCUUAUCUUGCAGUGGCUUAAUUGGGUCAUUAUUUAGCGUUUGAAAAGCACUUUGAGGAGAAUAUUGGUAAACACUGUUGUUAAUUUAAUGUUUCCUUGUAAUUGAAAGUCCACUGCACCCGAAAAGUCCUCGGUAUUACUAUGUACCAACAAGGAUUUCUUAGUACUGCUUACUGUUUUCAACAUUAUAUAUCUACUGAUUUUUGAAAAAUUUUAAAUAUUGUCAUAAAUUCCUAAAGUUAUCAUGUUUACACUGUCCCACUUCUACGUGUAUCAUCUACUAUAUUCAUUACACAUCUGAAAAGUUAAAUGUUAUGAGUCGUGCUCUCUAAAGUUUGGAGGAAAUAGAAAGCCCAACCCCCAGUGCAGAGGUAUGUCACGUGCUAUCUUCUACACAAUCUGUGUGUAGUGUCUGAUUAACUUUUCAGCAAGCUGACCUAUUAUACCCUGACAAAUAACUGAGGUAAAGAACGCUGAGUCCAUAUACUGAGCUAUCACCUGAUUGUCAUUAAACUUUGUCGAAAAGGGUUAGAUUGAAUCACACGUGCCCGGCCAGCCCUUUGAACAAAUUUUCUGCUCACUCUAGCCCCAGGUUCCCCGGUGUAACUAAAGGCCACUCUGUAGCUUGGAUUAGGCAACCUCAAUACUGAAGAAAACACUCUUUUCAGAGCAUCUCCUGGUAUCAUCAGAAAUGUCCUCCUUAAGUGGGAAAGUCCAAACUGUUUUGGGCCUGGUAGAGCCAGGCAAACUGGGCCGCACUCUGACCCACGAACAUUUGACAAUGACCUUUGACUGCUGUUACUACCCACCUCCUCCACGUUACGAAGCUACCUCCGAAGAACCUAUUAUGAUGAAAAAUUUAUUUUGGAUUCAAAAGAACCCUUAUUCCCAUAAGGAGAAUCUUCAGCUGAAUCAGGAGACGGAAGCCAUCAGGGAAGAACUGUUGUAUUUUAAAGCCAACGGUGGAGGGGCUUUGGUCGAGAACACUACUGUUGGCAUCAGCCGAGACGUGAAGACUUUGAAGUGGCUUGCCGAAGAGACCGGCGUCCAUAUCAUAUCUGGAGCCGGAUUUUAUGUGGACGCAACUCACUCUCCAGACACCAGAGCCAUGUCAGUGGAACAGCUUACUGAUGUCCUCAUUAAUGAAAUUCUCCAUGGAGCUGAUGGAACUAGCAUCAAGUGUGGGGUCAUUGGAGAAAUCGGUUGCUCCUGGCCUCUGGCAGAGAGUGAGAAGAAGGUUCUUCAGGCAACAGCUCAUGCUCAGGCUCAGCUCGGCUGUCCUGUUAUUAUUCAUCCUGGAAGGAAUCCAAGCGCACCAUUUCAGAUUAUCCGAGUGUUGCAAGAAGCAGGUGUAGACGUCUCCAAAACGGUUAUGUCCCACAUUGAUAGGACUAUACUUGAUAAAAAGGAACUCCUGGAGUUUGCUCAACUUGGCUGUUACUUGGAAUAUGAUCUCUUUGGGACUGAACUCCUUCAUUACCAAUUCAACCCGGAUAUCGACAUGCCCAAUGAUAAUAAAAGAAUUAGGAGAGUGCGUCUUCUGGUGGAUGAAGGCUACGAAGAUCGAAUUCUGAUGGCACACGACAUACAUACGAAGCAUCGGCUGAUGAAGUAUGGAGGUCACGGCUACUCUCAUAUACUUACCAACAUUGUUCCUAAAAUGUUGCUUAGAGGGAUCACUGAGAAUGCACUUGAUAAGAUACUAAUAGAGAACCCUAAGCAAUGGCUAACUUUCAAGUAGGAUGGUUGUUUACAGACUCACACCUUGAGUAGAAAGCUCGCAGAGAACAUUUUUCAGUGAUUUCAAACCCACAGUGAGAUACUAAUCAGAGCUAUGUAGGACGAAUGAUGGAUCAUUUCCUAUUUAUGAGAAUUAGGAAUUUUGCCUUCUCAGAAACCAGCUGGUACAUCGGUACCUUUAGGAAGUUACUGACCUAACGGAGCCCUCUCGUUCUGCCUUUAACAAAAUAAAUACAGGAGCACCUAUUUCCAAACAGUGAUUUACAUUCUGUAUCCCCUCUAGCAAAGUUUUGCUUUGUUUUGUUUUCUUAAUCUAUCAGCUGCACUACUUGAGGAAAUGUAAAGUGUUUCUAGUUAAAUUACCCCCUUCUGGAGCAAUCUAAUGUUUCUUGUAAUAUUGAUGAUCCUACUAAUUAUCCUGCUGUUCUUUAAUUAAUGCUUAAUGAAUAAUAUGGCACUUGAAAAUAGCUUCUGCAGCAAGGGAAGUUAAAGUUUGAGGCUUUCCCCCCCCCCCCCCAAAGGACACUGUAAUACAAUCACCAAUUCACAAUGAUAAAAAUAUUGUCGAAGCUUAAUUAUAUUCAUUAUAUAUUGUAGAAGUUGUCUACCUAUCUAUAUUGACUGGUAAUAAAUCAGUUUUGUUGCCUGUGGCUUCCUGGUAUCCAUUUUUGCUGUAAAGCUUUGUUAGUUUAAACAUUUGUAUAAGGGGGCAUGAACACAUAACACUGAAUUAUAAAAAUUCAAUGGUAAAAGUCAAAAUAUAUUACAUAAUAUAGUUUAAUGAAUCAUUACAUUUAUAAUAACAAAGGCCACAGUUUAAUAAUAUAUAUGCAAAAAAAGAGAAAUGUUUGCCAUAUAUAUAUUCCCUUUAUUUCCCUUACCUUUUAUUUGUUUUUCCUUGGGCCUAAACACAGAAAAUGAUGCUUAGUUAUCUGAAGAAAAGGUCAGAUCUAUUAGAAAUGGCAUUCUGACUCGAGCCUACUCUUCAAAAGGUACCCACCCCCGAUGUUUUGUGUAAAUAAAGCCUUUUUAAAACUCUUA